AUGAAUUUUGAAAGCAGAUGGGUCUUGAGAUCCGCUCUGAAGUUCGCAAGUGAUGGAGAAGUAGUCAGAGAACGCUCCUCAAUGAAUUUUGAAAACAGAUGGGUCUUGAGAUCCGCUCUGAACUUCGCAAGCGAUGGAGAAAUAGUUAGAGAAGUAGGCAGAGAGUUCCAGAGAAAAGGACCAGAAAAAGCAAAAGCAGAUUUGGCAAAAGAGUGUUUAACACGAGUUAAGAAAAAGCGAGAAGAAGAAGACGAUCGUAAACCGGGGCGUUUAGGUUCAAUUAAUAUAUCUGAUAAGUACUUAGGAAAUAAUUUAGAUUGA